UCUUCGCGAGUCCGAGCAUGAGCUGAAUGUGUUUUCUGUGACGAAAUAUUCUCGACACGAACCGACAACCGUUUAAGACCGAACGAGUCCAUGCGCAUCUCUCCCCUGCACCAAAAUGAAAUGUUUUACUACUUUUUCUCGUACUACCAGCAGCACCACUUAAAUAAAGUAGUGUGUGUACAAAGUGCUGGUCUUAAUAAUGCUUCCUUUCCUCCUGGUCUUAAUAACGAAGGGACUAAAACAAACUAAACUAGCUAACAAAAACAGGACUUGGUUUGGUGUGUGAGCUGGGUGCCAUAAAAUAAUCAAAUCAAAUGUUACUCUCCCAGCUUUCUCCAGACGUUGACGGCAAGCGAGAUAAUCUUGGUCUUGGUUGGUAACCUUUCUCUCUCCAUGGACGGAUUGGAUUGGAUUUCCCUUUGAAAUAAUGGUCACGACAUGCCGUAACGUACAAUAAUGUGGUUAUUUCGCACAAAAUAAUGCAUUAAAGUGCGGGAGAAAGUUGCCCAUAUGUAAUUUCGUGAUGAUGGUGAAGCAAGGUGAUGAUGCGCUAUGAUUUUAUUUUAUCAGAGCGAGAGAGAUACACUUUCUCUACAUGAAUUUGGGUUUCAUGACUAAAAUACAUUACAAAAUUUAUUAAUUUAAGCGUUUUUCUACUUUCUAAACUUUCUCCGGCACGAUUCAUGAAAUAUGAAACUAUUUCAGCGUGAAAGUUGCAGGUUUUACAUUUAAUAUGUAUCAAAACACAUUUCAUACUUGUAAAAUUUUUGCUACGUAAUCACAUUUCAUUUUUUGGUACAAAAUCUCAAAAAAUUCACAAAAGACUUCUGCAUCAAACUUUCUCCGGAGCACAAAAAGUUGUAAAGUUGUAACGUCCCAAAAACUUUUUUCUUCGAGUUUAUAUAUGUUUAAUUUAAUUAAGAUUCAGAAUCACCUUCUCGUCCAUUUAAAUAAAUUUCAUAAUUUUAUAAAUCCCCAUAAUUAUUGUAUUUCAAAAUAUAAUAAAAUUACGACAAAAAAUAAAUUUUAAAAUUUCGAAACUAUGAAAAAAUAGAUUAAAAAUUGUGGGCAACCUUUUUUCUCAUCCUGCAACGUGAGGGAAGGUUGAAUUGGGAUGAGAUUUUGCUGCUCAAGUUGAGUGGCUGACGUGUACUGUCAACACAGUUGGGCAAUAAAAAAAGCGACAUUUUAAUCAUUCAGCCAGAAUUAAUUAUUCAAAUUAACUCGGACGUGACGUCGUCACAAUUUUGCAGUGGGGUUGGCACAUUCAAUCACCGUGGGGAAUUAAUCCGGGGGGACGGACUGACCUAAAACCUGACCGGCAACGAAAAGGUUUUCAAUCAAGUGUCAAGCAAAAAAUUAAAGAAUAGUGGACUGGACUGGAUUAUUGAAAUAUAUCCUGAUAACCUACCCUGUGCCCUCCAUCCUCUCUGAAAAUCAAACGUCGUAACGAUGAAUUUCAGAAGAAAAGCAUUCCUCGCCUUCGUCCUCUUGGCGCAAGUGUCAUUCCUGCAGGGCGAUGAGCACACGCACACCUACAAAGCGACGGAAGAGGUUAUCCUCUGGAUGAACACGGUCGGGCCGUACCACAAUCGCCAGGAGACGUACAGCUAUUAUUCCCUCCCCUUCUGCGCCGGACCGAAAGAACAGAUCGGACAUUAUCACGAAACUCUGGGCGAAGCGUUGCAAGGAUUCGAACUCGAAUUUUCUGGAUUAUCAAUCGACUACAAUUCCGAAACACCGGUCUCCGUCUACUGCAAGAUUGAACUCAACGACGAAAAACUCAAGGCUUUUCUCUACGCGGUGAAAAAUAAAUAUUGGUAUCAAAUGUUUGUCGACGACUUGCCAAUUUGGGGCCUAGUCGGCGAGGCGGACGAGACGAAAGGCGAAUAUUCGAUCUACACCCAUAAAAAGUUUGAAUUCGGCUUUAACGGAAACCAAAUCGUGGAUGUGAACAUGACCACGGAAAACAAAGUCCAGCUCGUCCUCGGAUCCACGAUCUCCUUCAGUUAUGAAGUAUUCUGGAGAAAAUCCAGCGUAAAAUAUGAAGACCGAUUCGACAAGUAUUUGGACCCCAACUUUUUCCAGCACAGGAUUCACUGGUUCUCAAUCUUCAAUUCGUUCAUGAUGGUCAUCUUUCUCAUUGGCUUGGUCUCCAUGAUUCUCAUGAGAACGUUACGCAAGGAUUACGCCAGAUACGCAAAGGAUGAAGAGAUGGAUGACAUGGAUCGCGACCUUGGCGAUGAGUACGGUUGGAAACAAGUUCAUGGCGACGUAUUUCGCCCUGCCGCAAUUCCCAUGGUCUUUUCCACCUUUUUGGGGACGGGAUAUCAACUCCUCGUCGUCACCUUUGUCGUCAUCUUGUUCACAAUUUUGGGCGAACUGUACACCGAGCGAGGCUCCCUCUUGUCCACGGCGAUUUUCGUGUAUGCUGCAACCUCCCCGAUUAAUGGAUACUUUGGUGCUAGCGUGUAUGCCCAGAUGGGUGGAAAGAAAUGGAUUCGCCAAAUGGUCUGUUCCGUCGCCCUGCUGCCCGCCGUCGUUUGUGGGACGUCGUUCCUGAUCAACUUCAUUGCUAUGUAUUACCACACUUCGAGAGCUAUCCCGUUCGGUAGUAUGGUUGCCGUUGCCUGCAUCGUUUUCUUCGUCGUGCUCCCCCUCACUCUUGUGGGGACCGUGCUGGGUAGAAAUUUGGGUGGCCAAGCGGACUAUCCCUGCCGUGUGAAUGCAGUCCCUCGACCAAUCCCGGAAAAGAAGUGGUUCAUGGAGCCCACGAUUAUCAUCGCGCUCGGUGGCGUUCUCCCAUUCGGAUCCAUCUUUAUCGAGAUGUACUUUAUCUUCACGUCUUUCUGGGCUUACAAAAUCUACUACGUCUACGGCUUCAUGCUCCUCGUCUUCGCCAUCCUACUCAUCGUCACGGUCUGUGUCACCAUCGUGUGUACAUACUUCCUCCUAAAUGCUGAAGACUACCGGUGGCAGUGGACCUCCUUCUUCGCCGCCGCCUCAACUUCCGGAUACGUUUAUAUAUAUUCCAUCUACUAUUUCGUGUUUAAAACAAAAAUGUACGGCCUAUUCCAAACGGCUUUCUACUUUGGAAACAUGGCCCUUUUCAGUCUCGGAUUGGGAAUCAUGUGCGGAACCGUGGGCUACAUUGGGAGUUCCUAUUUCGUUCGAAAAAUCUACUCCACCGUUAAAAUUGAUUAAUCAACGAUCGAUAACACCCAGAAAUGAAAACUGCUGAUAAAUUACCUUUUUAUAGUGAUACGUACAUACAUAUUUAGUUAGUUAAUUAAUUAAGUAAUUAAUUAGGGUAAAAAAUGUAACACAAUCCCUCUCGCCAUCGAAAAAUCCAGUACACCGUACUUAUACUAAUUCUUACUUGAUUUUCUCUAAACUAAAACUUCACCCAGGAAAAAUAUCCAAGCAAAAUCAGUAAUGCAAUCCUUCCUUAAAUUAUUAAUUUAAUUCUAGUUAACUGCACUGCACCGUUGAUUUUUUACUCAACUAUAUAGCCAGCAAAUAUUUCUUUAAUAAACCUUAUAAAUAUUUAAUAACUACAAAAUUCCUAAAUAGAUAAUCAAUAAUCAAUCAAUCAAUCAAUACCAGAAUAAGAUUAUCACCAUCCAAUUAUCCAUGGGCUUAUGUAUAACACAUUUUUGUACACAUGUCAAAUAUGUAAAUGUAUUUAAAAGUAGAAAACGCAAAUGCAAUCUUUUUUGCUUGUACUUUACCAUUUUGUAUUAAUAUCGCGUAUACAUACAAACAUCAAUUUCCUCGUUCUUGUAAAAUAGCGUUAAAUACUAUUUAAAAAUGGUAAAUUGUUAAUUUAGUAGAAGAAAAAACUCGAACCAAAAUCUUGAUAAAUUUUGAAUUUGCUUUAUUUAUAUAUUUAUAAAUUGGGUAAUAUUAGCCGUUAAUCGUCUCUUGUAAGUAAUGUACUUCAUUUAUUUAAUUUUAGAGCGAUGAUCAUACUGGAUUUUUGAGUCAUUAGUUAGUUUUCUAGGAAAUUACUCAUAAUUGCAUAAUUUUAUGCAGUAUAAAAAAUAGUAAUUAUUCAAUAAGUUGUAAGUACUUAUUAAGCGUAAUUUAGUAACGAAUUCUCGAUCCACAAUUCAACCCGGACAGUAAAUUAAAGCCAUAAUUUUUACAAAAGUGUGACUCCGACGACGACAACAAGCUUUAAAAAUUGUGAAGUAGCGACAAAAUAUUAUGAACUCCUACUCGGCUAUAAGAUAAUUAAUUAAUUAACUAAUUAUGUAAAUUAGAGGUGGACGAACAUAUCAAACUAUUAAAUAAAAAUAGGAGAUAAGUCAAAUUAUCAAUAGUUGCAUGGUAUCUAUCUAUCGGAUUAAAGAGAGGAAUAUGUGUCGGACUGAGAAAAGGGAAGACUUUUUAGCCAUGUACGUACGAAUGAACACGACGUAAAUAAAUAGCAAAAAAGUACUUUGUAAUAUUAUUAAUUUUAAAAAAUUAUCCAACAUUUUCAUAAACCUUGUCUAUCUAAUUCCACGCUUCAUCUUUCCCAGUUCGUUUUACAUACUUGAGCAGGAUAAAAAAUAAAAUAAAAUUAUAAAAACUGUU